CGACCACGUCUGAGCAGGAACGCCCGGAGCCGCAGUAGCACACUUUCCGUUUACGCGCUCAGCCGAGAGUAAAUCAGUCGCCGCAGUCGGCAUUCGGCACUUCGGCAUCGGCAGUCUCUUCCUGCACGCACACACGUCUACACAUGCGCUCGACUGACGAACGGACACGUUGAUUUUAGCAUUUUGGCUCUUGUGCAGAUCACAUAUUAAUAAUAAUAUUAAAAAUAAUACAUUAUUCGACGGUCGACAGUGUUUUUUAUUCUUUUUAUUUCAUAAAAUACCUACUCCGAUCACGUGGUCCGUUUUCAGCACGGUUAUCGGUCGGUCUGCGAUAGAGCAAAACCACCGUCGGACCCCGCGAUAAUUAAUAAAACACCCAUCACCGUCAUACUAUCGUACGGCAGCAGUUCGCGCGGGAAUACGACGUCGCAAUGGUCCGCCUUAUGAUGCACCCCGAACCGUCCAACUAUUCGUACGUGUUCGACUUCGAGGAGAACUUCCACUACGAAUGGACGCGGCAGUGGAUGACCGAAAACUGGACAAACGGGUUCUAUUAUUGCACCAUAUACGCCAUGCUGGUGUUCGGGCUCCGGCGGAUGAUGCGCGACCGGGCCGGUUUCCGGCUCAAGGGGCUGCUGGUGCUGUGGAACACCAUGCUGGCCACGUUCAGCCUGGUCGGGUUCGCCCGGACGGCGCCCGAGCUGUUCCGCGUGCUCAACAAAUACGGCCUGCACCACUCGGUGUGCGUCACCAGCUAUAUCAUUGACGACCAGGUGUCUGGGUUUUGGUCAUGGCUGUUCGUGCUGUCCAAGCUUCCCGAACUGUGCGACACCAUAUUCGUGGUAUUGCGCAAGAAGCCGCUCAUCUUCUUGCACUGGUACCAUCAUAUCACCGUACUGAUGUACUCGUGGUUUUCAUAUAUGGAGUUCACGUCGUCCGCUCGAUGGUUCAUCGUCAUGAACUACUUCGUACACUCCAUGAUGUAUUCGUACUACGCGAUCAGCGCCAUGGGUUACCGGUUCCCCAAAUCCGUGUCUAUGUUCAUCACGGCCAGUCAGCUAAUACAGAUGUUGGCCGGUUGCUUUAUCAACUACACCACGUACAGUUAUCUGAAGUCAGGUGGCCAACAAUCGUGUCGGGUGUCCCAAACCAAUGUUACUGUGUCGGCUUUGAUGUACUUCAGUUAUCUAUUGCUGUUCGCUAGAUUUUUCUACAACGCAUACUUCAGCAAGUCUAAAAAAUUGUCCAAACAACACUGACCGCAGAUGACAUGUGUUUUUAUUACUUUUUAGUUUUUAUACCUAAUUCAACAGUGUUCUUAAAAAUAUUAUUUAUAUGAUUUACGAGAUAAAUUUGUUCUACCCCUUAAACAACAAAUGAAACAUCUUUGUUUAACAAUAGAUAAACGUUCAAUCCAGAUUUUAUACAUAACACUUAAGUAUAAAAUAGACAAUUCUAGACUCCACCUCCAACGAUCAUCUUGUUUGAAAUUCUAACUAACUAUGUAUGAAAUAUAAUUAUACGAUCUGUGCGUACAUACACUACAUACAGUAUUCAGUUGUGGGGUUCUGUAAAACACUAAAGCGUAGUAUUGGGUGUUUCAAUUUAUUUGCUUGUGAUGUAUAAAUAUCCUCCUUAGUAUUUUAUCAAUAGAAAUCUUCAUAAAGACCUAAAAUGCUUACCCUUAAUCAAUUAGUCAAAUUAUAUUUUAAUUUUCAUACCAAUUAAAAUGUUCAUACUAAUCCACUGAACAAACAAUUAUCCACCAUUUAAAUUUUUCCAGUUUAGGAAUAACGUAGAGACCUAUUUAAAUUAAAAAUAAAGAAAAACAAUAAUAUAUUUUGCUUUGUGACAGAAGGUCGUUUUCUUUGCUUUUCGAUUUAGUAAUAUUAUACAUAACUCAAGUAUAAUUAAAUAUAAUUAUCAUUUUUUUGGGGCGAUGGAUUGUAUAAUCCUUUU